AUUAUGGUCUGUCGGGAAUUCUGGAGGAGGGAGGGGAGUGAAGUGCAGUGAGAGGAGGGGGGGGGGAUAUCUGCUCAACUAGCGCCCAUCAGGCUAACGGUAGGUAGCACUGGAGUAAACAUGGAGCUGUCUGCCGUCGGGGAGAGGGUAUUCGCGGCCGAGUCUAUCAUCAAGCGGAGGAUAAGGAAGGGUCGGAUUGAGUACCUGGUGAAAUGGAAGGGAUGGUCGCCCAAAUACAGCACUUGGGAGCCAGAGGAGAACAUUUUGGAUUCCCGUUUGUUUGCCGCUUUCGAACAGAGAGAGCGUGAACGAGAGCUGUAUGGGCCCAAAAAGAGGGGACCGAAACCAAAGACGUUUCUGCUUAAGGCGCAGGCUAAAGGUAAAAAUAACUCUUAUGAGUUCAGGAGCGAAGCGGUCCGAGGGAUGCACGUUACGUACCCAACCCCUGAGCCAGUCUUCACCCCCAGGGCUAGAGAAGGCCUGAGGGCUGUCGUCCCCACCAUCUUCCCACCGAGCGCCGUCAACCGUGGAGAAAGCAUGCGCGUGCGGCCUUCUGAACUGAGCCUCCAUGACCACCAGCGAUCUUCCCUUCAACAAACUGAUUCAGACGGCCACGUCCAAACACCCAAAAAAAGGGGGCCGAAGCCAAAGCCCCGCUUUGUAGACGACGACUUCAGCCCGGUCAUCUCCGAGCCGCGCAAGAGAGGAACAGAGGAGGAGGAGGAGGAGGAGGAAGAGGAGGAGGAGGAAGAGGAAGACGAAGAGGAGGAAGAGGAAGAGGAAGAGGAGAGACGCGGUCCUCACAAACUGUCCAAGUUCCAGGGAGAUGAGGAGACGAGGCUGCAGAAGCUGGACCACAGACACUCGGAGAACCACAAACACCACCAUCACCACCACUAUUAUCAUCAUCAUCACCACACACAGAAAGUCUCCCGCGGGAGUUCCCACAAGCAGCUCCACUCUCACCGCAGCAUGGAGCCACACAGGACUAAAGACGGCUCCGGCUACCUGGUGGCGGCGACGCACUUCAAGCAGCAGCACAAAGCGAGCCGCGGCCGACCCGCCGGGUUGCCGCCGAUGGAGAAGCCUUACUUUCUGGACAGGCGGUCUCCGACCAGGUUUGACGACAGCCAGGACCAAACGGCCUGGAGGCCGAGCCUCAGCAACGUGGAGAAGGUGCUGGUGACGGACGUGACCGCCAACUUCCUGACUGUCACCAUCAAGGAGAGCAGCACCUCCGAGGGCUUCUUCAAGGACAAAAGAUGAUUCUGGAAGUUUAUGGGAUAUUUAAGCAAAGCUGUUUUUGUAUGUAAUGUAUAAAGGAGUAUUGCAUAAUAAUGUUAUAUGUGUGUGUAUAUAUAUAUAUAUAAUUCUGGCAUAUAUUUAAUGUUUUGACCAAAUGAUAUGAAGUCCGUUUUACCUGAGGUUUUUGGUGAAUGUGACGUUUCCUUUGCAGCAGAAUGCUGCUUUCUGUACAGAGCUCAUAUUUUUCCACCUAAAACCAACUAGAAUGUAUUUUUUUCCCCCUCAUAUCUUCCAAGCUGAGUUCAAAACUAAAAGAUCCCCAUGUGCUAUAUUUAAUCUGUUAUUUUAACUGGUUAUCCCAACAGUAUAUCUGAAAAAAAAAAAGCAAACACAAAAAAACUGGAGCACUUUGAAUACAGAAGUAUUAAAAAAAGAGUAGUUUUGUUGUCCUAAAGAGUUUUGUAAUGUCUUGUAUUUCUAACAUUUUUUAAAAUUAAAUUAAACUUUUUUUUUUCCUUCAAGGUGCAUUUAUCAAUUUUGUUUCCCCAAGAAUACACGUCGUUUUACAUUUUUCAUAGAUAUGUUUGCCUUAACAGAAAGUUGCCAGAUUGCUUUUUAGAUGCUUUUCAAUAAAUCAGUUGAGUUUCUGAUA